AAAUGCCAAACAUGUGUUCAAAUGUUAUUCACAGGCUCACGAGUGGACAUAAACUAUGGUUUUCAUUACACAACCAAAUAUCACUCAAAACAUGUAAUCAAUUGAUGACCAAAAAGAGUCAUUUGUGUCCAAAUUAUUAUCAUAUCCGAUGUCUGAGCCACAAUUCAUACGAUUGGAUGCAAAGUCGAGGAAUAUUGAAGAGUCACUUCCCAGAAAAAGAAGACAUAAACGAGUUGUUGUCAUCCAAACGGACCAUUUAUGCCGGUUUUGACGCCACUUAUGAUAGUCUUCACGUCGGGAACCUAUUAGUGUUGAUAUCAUUGCUUCAUUUGCAGCGAUUAGGGCAUAGAGUGAUUGUACUGAUAGGCGACUCGACCGCCAGAAUCGGUGACCCGAGCGGUAAAACUGAAGACCGGCCGCUGAUUGAGAAGGAAGUGGUUAUGAGUUAUGCGACGAGUAUUGAGAAGAGUGUGAAAAGGAUUUUUGAAAAUCACAAGAAGUACUUCUGGAAAACCAAAGGCAGAAACGAUAGACUCGAGGACUUUAUACCGAUUAGAGACAANAUAUUGAUCUCAUUUCGUGUCAAUCGCGUCCAUUCCUCCGAUGGCUCAGGAGUUCCCGUCUUUAUAUGGGGUACUCAUCGCCAAAACUCUCAAGUAUUUGAAUCAAAGCCCAAGUCAACGAUCACUCAAAUCGAUGCCAAUGUCUUAAGCGACGAUUAUUUGAAACAAUGGCCAACAGUCGUGGCAUUCCUCCAGAACCACUUAAGUGUGGAACAGUUCUCAGUCCCCAAACACUUCCAUCAUUUGAAUCAUAUAUUUAGUGACAAAACACUGGAUUCGAUCUUCUUAACAGAUGUCUUGAGUCCAGACGAGUCUUUCAAAGAGUUUUUCGUUCAAAAUGCAAAUGAUUUGAAUAUAAAUGACGGGAAAAAAGUUGUCAUAAAUCUACCCAAAAAUGAUUUACUAGAAAACGAGGAACUGAUCGGCGAUUUGUGGCAUAAGAUCAGUCAUAAUGUGUCGCAAAACGUAUUGUUUGUGAUAACGGGUCGACACAACACUCAGACAUAUAACAAGAGUGGAGUGGAAGUGAAUCAUCGGUUCCGACGAGCCGUGAAGCCAAACGACGAUUUGGAUCGAUUGGUGUCCAUUGAGUCGUGUCUCUACUUCUUCACGCGCUCUCUGACCCUCACAUACAAUCCCGGCCAACGGUACGGCCGUCCUAUCGUCACCACAUUUGACACCAUUCCUAGACCAGCGUUGGGUGAGUCCAAGUGCUGGACAGACGGCGCCAAAGGAUCCGCCCUUUUGGACCUCACGUAUACCAAUACCGACGGAACUCUUAAUAUUAAGCUAACGAUUGACAUGAAGAAGAGCGGUUAUUGGUUUGUGAGUAAAGGCACAGCAGUUGUCGGCUCUGCCAGAGAUAAUCAGGAUUACGAGCUCAAUGUGAACGGUAUCACCGCUGCCAACAAAUUGUCGUACAGCUGUUCCAACCUCAAGAUUGACGGCUUAGACGAUGUGGAGGACAUCAGUAUAGUAUUCAACAAAUUUCAAUUACAGCCGUUUGAGAAUCCGGUCAAUCCUAAGAAAUAUAUAUUCACAGACAGUGAUGCCUGUGAGGUGUUUAUGACUGUCCCUCUUUGGAUGGGUUUAUUGACCAUAAGUCUGUUCUUAAUAAUCCUAUUGUUGGGACUCUAUAUGCUAUGGGGAGUCAGUCCGCCCGACCGUUUCGAGAACCCGAAGGGAAAGGCAUUGAUUUUGACGACUACCCCAGGUGUCCGUCGCUGUGCGCCUCCACAGGUCUUCGCCAGUGAGCCCAUCCAAGUGGAGGCCCAACCCCUGCACUACCAGACCAUCCAAGAGUGCAGUCCUCUCUAUGGAGGUUAUGAUAUCUCGAGGUUUGUGGCACUGGAC